CUGAUGAUUAGGGAUUUGUCUGCUUUCAAACCACUCAUUUUCAAAGAUGAGAGGUCCAGCAUUGCUGACAAUCAUCAGGUGAUUUGGGAAUGUGGUGAAGAAGGUGCAUGAACUUCAAUUUUUUUAAUUAAAAUGCAUUAGGGAGGAGGACGGGAAGUGGAAGGAAAGGAAGUGAAAUGGCUUUCAGGGACAUUUGAGGGCGCGUGCAGCUCUGAGAGCGGGACUGCUGGAUGAGUGGGGGUGUCUGUGAGAUGCGGGGCUUGCAUGCGGCGUCACGCAGAGUCGAUCCUUGUCUCUCUCACACUUUCUAACAAGCCAUUUCACAACAUCCAGGCAGCGGAUCAGGCUUCGCAGCAGCAGCAGGAGCAGCUACACCCUCAGGGCUCCACUCUCCGCCCGUCGACGACCACAACCAAACAGUUCGGAUCGCGGAUCGAGACCAAUCACUGGAUCUGUGAAAGUCACUCCUUUCUGAUCGGCGGGAGGACGGAGUUUAGAGAAAUGGCAGAUGAGAUCCGCCGGCUGAGAGGAGUGGAUCUGUGAAGAGAGAAGGGGAUCCCUUGGAUUUGCGCGCGCUUGGAGACGUUUUUUGGAGCUGAUCAUGCACGGACGGGUGGAUGUGCAGACCACAAAACCGCUGAGCACAUUUUCAGGGGGGAUUAUUUAAUUUCUCGGACUCCUCUCGCUCCUGAUCGCUCUCCUACGGGUUCCUGCAGGACUUUCAGAGCCGCCGAGAGCCCAUGCAGUCACCAAGGGAGAGGAGUAAAGUGCGACCCCGAGCUGGAUGGAUGGUUAUGGGGGAAAGAGGGAGACCCUCGGCGCUUGAAGUGUGCAGAGUCCUGGCUGUGCUUUUCUCACUUUUUCCAACCGUGAGUCUGCAGUGCAAGAUCCUCAAGUGUAAUUCUGAUUUAUGGGCCUUUAACUCAAAAUCUGGGCCGGAUUUCUGCAUUGGGCUUCGGGCGUACGACAACUGUGUCCGCCGGACGGCACGCACCUGUCGGGGUGACCUGACCUAUCACUCCGCCCAGCAUGGCAUCGGGGAUCUAAUGAACCAGCACAACUGCUCCAAGGAAGAGCCCACUUCCCAGCCGCGGGCCCGGACCCCGCUUCCUCCUCCCCCACCUCCUCCGGUCCUGACCAGCCAGGAGCCCGGCAGCGGCCCGGAAGGCUGCCGCUACGAGCACAGCCUCCCGCGCAACGCGCCGCCCUCCAACUACACGCACUGUGGCUUCUUUGGCGUGCCGCACCUCCGGACGUUCGGCGACGACUUUCAAACGUGCAAAGUGGAGGGAGCCUGGCCGCUCAUCCACAACAAAUACCUGUCCGUCCAGGUGACCAAUUCUCCUGUAGUUCCAGGCUCUUUAGCCACCGCCACCACCAAGCUCACCAUCAUCUUCAAGAACUUCCAGCAAUGUGUGGACCAGAAGAUGUACCACGCCGAGACCGACCAGCUGCCCUCUGCCUUCGCAGACGGCUCCAAGAACGGGGGUGACCGGCACGGCGCCAACGCCCUCCAAGUCGUGGAGAAGGUCCUGGGCCAGCACGUGGAGAUCCACGCCCGCUACAUCGGGACGACCAUCGUGGUGCGGCAGGUCGGGCGCUACCUGACGUUUGCCGUGCGGAUGCCGGAGGACGUGGUGAACUCGGUGGAGGAAGGAGACAACCAAGACUUGUACCUGUGCUUGCACGGCUGUCCCACCAACCAGCGCAUUGACUUGGAGAGUUUCCGGGCGCGGGCCGGCUCCAGGAGCAGUGCCGGGCCCCGCGGCUUCACCUACCAGUCUGCAAAAGCCAAGUGCAAAGAGCGGCUCCCGGUGGAGGACGUGUAUUUCCAGUCGUGCGUGUUCGACCUCCUGUCUUCCGGGGACAUAAACUUCACCAUGGCAGCUUACUACGCGUUUGAGGAUGUAAAGAUGCUCCACUCAAACCGGAACAGAUAUCACUUAUUUAAAGGGAAUGCUGGGAGUGCUUUGAGCGGGGCGUCCCAGAGGAGCAGCGCUUCGCUCUCAGUGUUCCUCCUCAACUUUAUUGUGCUGUUGUGGACUGGAUGUUGCACAAUUCAUCUAUAGUGUGUUUGUAUCAGCCGCUCUGUGUUGUGUCAGUGAGUGUUAGCAUCCUUGAGAGUCCAGUUUUAAAGGGAUGGUGUGUUCUGACGGGUCCACCUUCAGCUGCUCCAUACAGUUUUUUUUAUUUUAUUUUUUUUUAAAGAAAGCGAAAGAAUGGGCUUCAGGAUAUCCACCUGGAAUUAAAUUCCACAUUCUCAUCGGGGGACGGACAAGAUGAUCUUCUGCAGAAAGAGACGUUUGCUGAUCCUCCCUCUCCUGAUCCGCACGUUGGUGCCAUGCCAGCGAGGCUCUCCGUGGCUCAUGUGGCAAAGCAGGAGGACCUGACAGGGGCCUUUGUUAACCUUCGGCCAGAAGCUGCUCUGCGUUUGAUUAGUUUCCAGCUUUGGAAAAGCCGGAGCCUUUUGGAGGAAGCACCCAGCCAAAAGUAUGUCAGAACAGCGUCUCCAGUUGUCUGCAAUGAAGAUUAAUGGGUUAUAUUGUAAGGUUUUGUGUGUGCGUGUGCAUUAGUACAAUAUGUGCAGAAUCCAGCAUCUGUGGUUAAUUUUGAGUGUUUGUGGGUGCAGGAGUUUCCAGAAAUGAGAUGAGGAAGGGAAAAAAAAUGAGAGAAAGGGGAGGAGGGAAAAAACACUCCAGUGGGAAAAAUAUUUCCCGUGAUUUUUGUGUUGCACCCAAACUUUCAGAAAUAGAAAAGAUGAGGAUCUUCUCUGGGUUCAAACGAGCUCCAUCAGGGAGCGCCUAGAACCUCCCGGCGCUUCGAUCGGGGAUUCUCUCAGAACAAACUAAAGGCUCGCCGGCGUGUUUACACAGAUCAACAAAGCGGUCUCAAAUCUCCGCUCACCACUGGUGUAGAUACUGUUAAAGCCAUUUGGAUGUCUCAUUUAGCCAGUUAAGCAUUUAUAGAUUGCGCUAACGUAGUGAGAAAAUGAUUAGCAUAUGUGUUCAGACGUGAUUUCAUGGCUUAAGUCGUUGCCAAAGAACACCUUCCUGUGCCAACAUUUGCCUGACGACAGACUUUUAACUCGUAGACUAAAAACGCCUCAAAUUUUUUUGUUUUCUCUUGGACCAACGGAAGGUUUUUCUUUAAAACAUAGACAGGUGUCAAACUCCAGCCCUCCGUGUUUUCCUGCCGAUGAAUCUCCGUAUUGGCUCCUGAUCCGGGGAAUUCGAUAAACCAGUGAGGUGCAGCGUUUGUGGAGCUUCAAACCUGCGCUGCAGGAUCUGUGCGUGCUCGUCUUCCCAGUAGAUGCUGUUAGGGCGCCGUCUUUAUGGUCAUUUCCUCUUUACACUGAAGUGUGUGGGCAGGCCUUACUACUGCUUUAAAUAUGUAUCCGUGCAGAGAAAAAAAUCCCUGUUGUGACGUUGAGUCUUGUUGUUAAUAGAUGUAAAUUGUAUUGUGCGUUUGUAUCAUACGAUUGUACAUAGGUAGUGUGUAUCACCGGUUGUGUUUUGAAACGUAUCACUCGAGAUGUUCUGAAGAAUGUGAGCCUUUGUUCUUUUUUUUUUUUUUUUUUUUCAAACUAACACAAACUUCGCAGAACUUCAGCGCAUCCUUUUGUUGUCGCGGAAGUGAUUUACACAGGUUACCACAACCCACCCUUCAGAGACCAGAAUGUAGGAAAAUGUUUUCACUUUUAAGCACUUUAUGUUCUGUUUUUAUUAUAUUUAGCUCUUGUUUUGGUUUUACUUGUGAUGGUUACAAAUAGGAUAAAAAAAAUGCUGAAUGGGAAAAAAAACAGCUCAAACUGUGUUGUAUGUAAAUCUAAUAUGUUCCCACAUCAGCUGUUUAUAAUGUAAGUUAUUUAUUGAAUAAAAGACAAAUUCUUGUUAAGAAGAUGCAACUGUCUCAUA